UGUACUAAUAAAGUGAGAGUUGGCAUGGUAACGGUGUCCACGUGACUCGUUAAAUAGUCACGUGAGCUCCGUCACGUCUCUCACGUAGCGGCCUGGAGACGUGUGGUGACGUCACCGCCUGGAGCCGGAUCCUCCUGAUAGCCGCGGAGGCUUCUCCUCUCAUUGAGGUCUGUAGCCCUGAAGCGGAGGUCGUGAUGAAGCUGCUGCUCCUCUUCCUCCUCCAGGUGCCCGGAUGUGCGGACAGCAGCUGCUUCUGUCAGGUCUCCGGAGACCUGGACGACUGCUCCUGUGACGUGGAAACUAUCGACAGCUUCAACGAAAGACUCCUCCCACAACUCCAAGUCCUCCUGGAGGAGGACUACUUCAGGUUCUACAAGGUGAACCUGAACCAGGUGUGUCCGUUCUGGGGGGUCAGCGGUCUCUGUGGUCUGAAGGACUGUGCUGUGAAGCUCUGCUCUCCUAACCAGGUUCCAGAGGGGAUCAGAUCCUCCUCCCAAGACCAGUUUUCUGCAGAAGUAAACGAGUGCGAGCGGACGGAGGAUCUGGGAGCUGUGGAUGUUUCUUUAAGUGACGAGACCAGAGAGGUUCUGCUCGACUGGAGCGAACACGGCGACGGGGAGAAGCGCUUCUGCGUGGUCGACGACGACGAGUCUCCGGACUCCCAGUAUGUGGACCUGCUGCUGAACCCGGAGCGCUUCACGGGCUACAGAGGCCCAGAGUCCUGGCGGAUCUGGACCAGCAUCUACGAGGAGAACUGCUUCAAACCGCCCGGCGUCAAGCGGCCGGUCGCUCCCACCUCGUUCCGCGGCGGCUCGGGAAGCGAAGGGAAGGUCUUCUACAGCUGGCUGGAAGGUCAGUGUGUGGAGAAGAGGGCGUUCUACCGGCUCAUCUCUGGCCUUCACGCCAGCAUCAGCAUCCACCUGAGCGCCAGAUACCUCCUGGAGGACCGCUGGUUUCAGAGGCAGUGGGGUCACAACGUGUCGGAGUUCCGGCGGCGCUUCGACUCGGCGCUGACGGGCGGCGAGGGCCCCGAGCGGCUCCGCAGCCUCUACUUCCUGUUCCUGGUGGAGCUGCGAGCGCUGGCCAAAGCUCUGCCCGUCGUCCAGCGCCCGUCGUUCCGGCUGUUCACCGGCCGCCCGGAGGAGGACCGGAGACUCAAAGAGCUGCUGCUGCACGUCCUGCAGCUGGCCCGAUCGUUCCCUCUGCACUUUGACGAGACGUCUCUGUUCACUGGAGACGAACAGGAAGCAGCUACACUGAAGGAGGACGUCAGACGGGCCUUCCUCAACAUCUCCAGGGUCAUGGACUGCGUCGGCUGCUUCAGGUGUCGGCUGUGGGGCAAACUGCAGACUCAGGGUUUAGGAACCUCGCUGAAGAUCUUGUUUUCCGAGCGACAGAUUGAAGCUCCGCCCCUUUCCAGAGGCCAGAGGCCCCGUUUCAGGCUCGGCCGCCAGGAGGUCGUCUCCCUGCUCAACGCCUUUGGGAGGGUUUCCACGAGCAUCAGCGAGCUGAAGACCUUCAGAGCGCUGUUAGCAGAAGAGAUGUGACCUCAAGAAGAGAGUCAGCAGAACUAAUGACAUUAUUUACCUAAAGUUACUGUGAGGGACCGUUAGCUGGUCCUGAACCAGUCUCAGUGUAGUCCUGGUCCUCUCUAGACCUCCAUCAGUAAACAGACCUCCAGAGAGAA